GCGGCGCAGCCUUCCGCCAGUUGAUGUUGCGUAAGCGCGCGAUAUAUAAUAACCGGCUGUCACAUUGGACUGAAUUCGCUGGCCACGUGAUCGAGGAGCGAGACUGACGGUAUGAGAGCAGCUCAACUUGGCCGGAGUCGUUGGCGGUGCGCGAGCUUACGCGGCAGCGACAGCCGACUACGCGGGAGCCUCGCCAGGCCGACGACCCUCGUCGCCAUCGUCGCGCUGCCGCCGCCGCCGCCGAGAGGUUGUCGCGGCCCGCACCCGCACCCCCUGUAGCCGUUGGCCUCGUUCCGCUGAGAAAUCUCUGGCGCUGCGCGGCGUAGCAAAGCGGAGAAGCCGUCAUGAUUCUGGCUUUCGUCGAGGGCGCCCUCUGCGUGCCCAAGCUCUACUACGGCGCGCUUUUCGGUCUUGGAUUCUGCUUCUACUACCUCUUCGAGGUUGUCAAGGAGCCGCUGGUGGUUUGCUCAAAAGGUCCAUUCCGUGAUUUUCUCGAAGAUCACGUGACGAUAUUAAAGAAUAAAUUUUGGCCGACGCUUUGGUGUUUCGAGUCCAGAGCUCAAACAGUUUUUGCCAGCUUGCUCAGGUCGCGAUUAUGGCCUCACAUACAGUAUCGAAGGGAAGUAUUGACGCUGUCGGACGGAGGUGAAGUUGCACUUGAUUGGGCCGAGAAUAAUUGUUCCUCGACGUCGCCGAUCGUAAUAAUCCUGCCAGGUUUAACAGGAGCCAGCCAAGCGGAGUACAUAAAGUGCCUCGUCUAUGCGGCUAAAAAUUGCGGUAUCAAGUGCGUAAUAUUCAAUAACAGAGGAUUAGGUGGAAUGAAACUGAAGACGCCGAGAUUGUAUUGUGCUGCAAACUGCGAGGAUCUGGCCGAAGUUAUCGAGCACGUAAGGCGACUUCAUCCAAACGUGCCCAUUGGCGCUACUGGCAUUUCAAUGGGAGGACUCAUUCUUGGUAAUUACUUGGCUCAGCACGGAAAAGCUGCUGUUCCAAAACUCAAAGCUGGUUUCGCAAUUUCCGUUCCGUGGAAUGUUUUUGAAGCAACGAAAAGUAUCGAAAAGCCGUACUUGAAUUUGAUGUUGAACAGACAUCUCUGUAACAAUCUCCGUCGAAAUCUUCUGUGCCAUUUUGGCGAAGAACGCGAUGAUUUAAACUUGGAUUUGAAUACAGCAUUGAAGAGUACAACAGUCCGAGAAUUCGAUGAUUACUUUACAUCUCGACAUUUCGGGUUCAAAAGUGUUGACGAUUAUUACUCAAAAGCAACACUUCACGAUAAACUGCACCAAAUAGAAGUUCCCUUGCUUUGCCUUAGUGCAGCAGACGAUCCGUUUCAACCAUUUGAAGCAAUUCCAUUAAAAGAAGUGAGCGAAACCGAACAUGUUGCGAUGAUUGUUACAUCUCGAGGUGGACAUAUUGGCUUUCUAGAGGGUAUUUGGCCGGUGAAAGAGGACCAGUAUAUAGGAAAAAUUUUCGCACAAUACUUUAGUGCAGUGUUCACUCAUGGUCAAGACCAUCCAGCGUUUUGAUUCUGAAAAGAAAAUUCCAAGUUUAACGAAUUAAUAUGGCGAUUCCGUUAAAAAUGUUGAUAGCAUAGAAGAACUGAAUAAUCAACAAUUCAUACUCGAUAUACGAGGAAAUUACACAUUUCAAUGCAAUUAUUCUGAUUUGUUACAAAUCAGAAACGUCUGGUCUUGUUUCGUUAAAGUAAAACAAUGUAGAUUUCAAAAAUUUUUUUACUAAUUUGCGAGAUAUUUUAUAUUUUUUUAACACGAAUGCCUUGUGAUAUGUUACUGUUAUUAAUACGUUCCUGUCCGUUUGCAUAAAAUAAGUGCCUAAUGCUAUAAUUAGAAAGUAUGACAAGUUUUUAUGAAUAUUAUUACUAACACUAUAGAAUGAAUUCGGAUCAAGCUAAAGUUGAGAUUAAAUCUUAUUAAAUGAUUUGUGUGCGCAGAGCUUCAAUGAACAAGUAAUGAUGGAUUUGUUGCCUAUUUAAAUCAUAUCUCAUUUUUCUUUCUGAAUAGACGUAAUGAAUUAGUCGAAAUGAUUUUGGGAUCAUGUAUAAUUCAAUUAAGCAAAUUAUACAUAUAUCAAAAAGUAUUGCGUCGUUGUAUCUGAUAUGACUAGGUGCAAACUCUUAAUAAACAUGUACAGUAAAAAUAGAGUCAAUUGUUAACGUGAAAUUCUACUUAAUAUUAUAUAAUUUUUCGAUAUUUCAUUUUAAAAAUUGUUUUGCCGAUAUGUACAUUGUUUUAGUUCUGCUUGUGAUUGCUUUUAAAAUAUACUUGACAAAUACUCGGACACAAUUACUGAUUGAAAGAUUCAGAUACAUCUUAUCCAAUCUCCGAUCAUUCCUAAUGACAAAAUGUACAAUAUAUAUAUAUAUGUAUAUCACAAUCCUUCUUUGAACUAAUUUUGUAACAUGUUAUAGUUAUAGGUUGAAAUAAAUUUAAUAAUAAUAACAAGCCUAUAAAAAAUCGGCUGUCUUGAAUCUAGCAAGUUCCCUACUGAUUGAGUAGUAAAUAGUGAUUCGAUCAGAAAUUCCAAAUAAAACCUUUUGGUAAUAAUAUAAACGUA